AGAAUAUAAACACUUUUUAUUUCUACUAAGAGAAGCACAAAUCUUUUAAACUACGUAAAUCAUUAUCACGUAAUAAAAAAAUAACCCAUACAGAACUGAUUGUUGCAAAGAGCUUCUAGAAAUGUUUCAACCUUUUACUUUUUAUGUGCAACAUUUUUGAAAGGAUUCUAUAAAAUAUACAGGGUGACCCAUUUUAACUUAGGCAGCCAAAUAACUCGAAAAAUAAACACACUACGAAAAAAUGUUUAGAAUCAAAAUUUUGUCAUUUCGAGGGGGACGUACAAUGACGUUAAAAUCAGCCCCCUCCACCCCUCCCCCUGGGCGGUGAGGGGGGACAAGUUUGAAAUCUUAAAUAGAAACCCUUAUUUUUUAUUGCAUAUUCGAAAUCUUUGGCUAAAAACACAUACAAUUUGUCUGAAACAUUUUUCUCGAUUCAUGAUAGAUGGCACUGUAAUCGACAAAAUUCAAUUUCUUCGAUUUCUUUUACUGAGAACCCAUGCUUACGAUUCUGCAAUAAAUUAACAAUAAAAGUACUACGUUUUCAUUGUUAAUACUCGAAAUUAGUCUUAAAACAAACUUCUUAUUAUUUUUUAUUACUCAUUAAUUACUUCUCAAGAAUCUGCUUUUAGCGUAACCCAGGAACAACGACGUGGACGUAGCAGUUUUCUGUUCCCUUCGGGGUGCUUGAUUAACGUGAGUCCCCUCGCCUCUCACAAUUCGGGGUGCUUGAUUAACGUGAGUCCCCUCGCCUCUCACAAUUCGGGGUGCUUGAACGUGUGGUAACCCAGCCAGUGAAGGCAAGGUCGUGUGGUGGCACCCGGGUUACGCUAAAAGCAGUUUUUUGAGAAAGUAAUUAAUGAGUAAUAAAAAAUAAUGAGAAGUUUGUUUUAAGACUAAUUUCGAGUAUGAAGAAAAUCGAGUAUGAACAAUGAAAACGUGGUAUUUUUAUUGUUAAUUUAUUGCAGAAUCGUAAGCAUGGGUUCUCAGUAAAAGAAAUCGAAGAAAUUGAAUUUUGUCGAUUACAGUGCCAUCUAUCAUGAAUCGAGAAAAAUGUUUCAGACAAAUUGUAUGUAUUUUUAGCCAAAGAUUCCGAAUAUGCAAUAAAAAAUAGGGGUUUCCAUUUAAGAUUUCAAACUUGCCCCCUCUCAUCGCCCAGGGGGAGGAGUAGGGGGGGGGGCUGAUUUUAACGUCAUUGUACGUCUCCCUCGAAAUGACGAAAUUUUGAUUCUAAAUAUUUUUUUGUGUGCUUAUUUUUCGAGUUAUUUGGCUGCCUAAGUUAAAAUGGGUCAUCCUGUAUAAAAUAUUGUAACAGAAAAGUUGUAAAAAUCGUGUAAUAUUUAAGUUGUAUUGUGAUAUUUUAUAGAUUCUGAAAUGCUGAUCAAAAGUUAUUAUAAGUAAAAACAUAAAAAAAUGGACAGAUUUUGCUGUAGCACUAUUUGAAAAUUGCUAUUUUUAGUCUCAUUUUGUUUGGUUGGUUUGGUGGUUUGAAAAACUUGUACAGUUUGUUUUGUACAUUUAUAUAUAAUCACAUAUCUUCAUUAUUAUUAAGUUUAUGUCUGCGUGUGUGCCCGUGCUCAUGUACGUGAGUAAUCAGAAUACAUGAAUGUUACGCAAAUAAAAUAUUGUAUUAUAUAUAUACUAUUCAUUCUUUUUAUUAAAUGUUUCAAAAAUCAUAUAUUUAUUAUAUUAAUUAGAUUGCAAAUAGUAAAUAAAAACAUAGAAUGAAAACAUUAAUUAUAUUUUAUACAUAAUUUUCAUUAUAACUUUUUAAUACUUAUAAUCUGAAUAACAAUAAAACAUUAUUUUGAAGUAGUCCAAAUUUAAAAUCCUUGUAAAAUAAUAUUUAAAUUUAUUAUAUUCAGAAGAUAAUAUAAAAUAAUGUUUAAAUCUAUUAUAUUUAGAAGAAUGCGAUCAAGAACAUUUCAAAAAGAUUUCAAUACUUUUUCAAUAAUAUUUUUGCCAGGUUUUAUUGCAAAAAUCACGGACAUUUUGCCAUUCCAGAAACAUCUGCGAAACGUUACAGAUGUAUUUUGAAACCUUUUAUUUUUUUAGUUGAAUUAUUUUACAUCUUUGAAAAAUUUUGGUGCUGUAUGGGAAUGAAAAAAUCUAUUUUGAAAAAAAGUGUAACUUUUCUUCUUACGAUAUAAAAUAUAAUUUGCGCAGAUAACAAUAACACAUACUAUUUUUAAUGUGCAUGUGUGUGCGGGGGAUUACAGUACUCACUAUUUAUUUUUCUUUUCAUCUGGGCUCUUCGAAUUCUUUCAGCAGUAAUAUUUAUACAUGCAACACUUUCAGGAUGCAUCCUGAUAAUAUGCUUUUUUAAUUUUCCCGAAUGUUGUCCCUAUUAAGAAAAAGUAAAUCUCUAAAUUUGAGACAGAGUUGAAGAUACAAUAUUUCUAUAAUCCAGAAUUACUAUAAUCCAGAACGGUCCAUUUAUUAUUUUUGCAUAUAUUAUUUAAAUAUUAAUAUAAAUGUUAAUAGUCUAAAUUCCCUAUAUUUCAAACUGGAUAAAUACUUACCUUCAACAACUUUCCGCAUUGUUUCUCUUUUCCUGUCUUUGGAUCUUUUACCAAGACAUUGCACAUGGAGUAAUCCGUAUUUGAAUUAAAUUCAAAAUAUUUUCGAAUAAAAUCUAAAGGACGUCUUCCUGUUACUUUAGACAUUGUAGCUUAACAUAACCUGUCAUAAAUGUCGAGAAGAAUUGAGAAAAAAAUUUGAACAUGAAACAAUUUACGUACGCAAAAACAACUGCUCAAUUGCGCAACUUCUCACACAUUAUUAAGGACGCAUACACACAAAUGAGUUAUAAUGAUACUUGUUAUUUUUUUUCUCUUACCUUGUUGAUCUGGUGACAAAACUAUGUUUUGCUGAUGCAUUUAAUUUCAUACUAGAUGCGAAAACAAAAUACUUAUUAAUAUAAUUUUGAUUCUUAGUACAAAACUUUAAUUUUAUUUUUGUUUUGCACUAGUCGCGAAACUAAAUGUAUAACAUUUGCUUUUAGUUUUGUUUCUAUAUUCAAAAUUUGAAUAUAGCUCUGCUCCUGAAUUUUGUUCUCUGAAGCAAAACUAAUCGUUUUUCACACAUUUGAACCGCGAGUUCUGUUUUGCGUGCCAUCCCUGGUCUUGCCAUAGUGGAAUUAUAGAAACAAGAGCGAUCAACAAGACUAAAUAAAUAUUUACUUUCCUAGCGAGAUAUUUCAGAUAAAGUUAAUAUUGUGAUUUUUCAGUUUGAUUUUAUUUUUAAAAUUUUAAUUUAAAAGAAUUAUUGCUAGAAAGAGUUAAUAAACAUUUACUCUUUUUUUCGCACAACUAUUUGUUUUGUUUUUUUACUCUUAUUUUCCAAAAAUAUUCGGAAAACGCGUUUUUUUACUAUUUUUAACAAUUCGUAGUUGGUAAACCUGAUAUACUUAAUAGAUUAAACCAAGGAGAGCUUGUAAAUAUGAUAGCAGAUUUUGAUAGUUCCAAAAAUUUACGAAAAUUCCAGGAACAUAAACGACUGUUAACGCUGUAUUGUAGAGAUUGCAUUUUAUUUAUAUAGAUGGGCACUUCGAUCGCUAAAUGUCUAUUGUUAAUAUCUAUGUUCCAAAUAGUGAUUAUAUAUUUAUAUCAGACAUUUUCCUAUGCUUUUACUAUGGUGGGAAUGAUUCCGAAAAUUUGCAGUUUACAUCCUUUUUUUAUUUGUCGCAUUUGAUAUGCGAGUCUUUAAUGCUUACUGAUAUUUAAUUGUGGACGUGGAAUCAUUUCUGCAAUAAUGCCUGCUUUCUUGCGAAAGGCAACACGGCCAAUGUCUUAUAGUAAUGCACAAUUCGAAGUCGAAAUCGAAUCCGUAAGUUUGCUAGGCCCAAAGAAUUGUACAUCAAUCCUGUGUGGGAAGUGAGCAAUGUAUCACUGAUAGAGGAAGUGCAUUUGCGGGACAUCUAUCUCUCUCAAUUAACAUCUUGCGUAAAACAGAAUGAAAUCGAUAAAUAUCACUACUAUUGCUACUAGUAGUAAAUAAAUGAUUAUUGAUUUCAUUAAUCAUACGAAACAGCCCAAAAUACGAUGAUUGAAGAGAUUCUACAAACUACAUCUUCUCUGAUAACAUAAAUGUUUCAAGAAAUGUGGAUAUUCUUCAAGAAAAAUUCUCAUGUAAUUUGUACAGCCAGUAGAGAAUUUCGACUGGAUAUGAUUUCAAAUCUUAUUUAAAGCAGCCGACCACCCGCCGGACAGCAAAGAAGAGGCGCAUAGCGCCAAUUAGAAAUUCAAGUACACGCAUGGCGCGCAAACCAAAGAGAUUAUACUAUAGAGGGGAAGAGCUAGCUACGAAUGCGUAAGCUAAUAGAGACAAGAAACGAAAUGAUCCUCAUCAUCCUUGUUCAAUCACGCAUGCGCUGUUGAUUUUUGCAGUCAAGUGGGAAGGAUUUGAGACAAAGUACACCAUACCCACUCAGCACCACUCAGCUUGAUGCGCGCGCACAACAUUAGACAAGGACAGUGGGGAUCACCUCAUUUUCUUUUUCUUACUAUUAGCUAAACGCUUCCACUUACAGGAGCCCUAUGUCUAUUACACACUUUGGCGCGAACUCGCAUCCGUGCGUCGAGCACGUGCCAUAAGAACGAUAGAAGUGGCGGUCGCUGCCGAUCUUGAAUGGCGGAGAUCCCUUUUGUGCCGAUGUACUGACCGCUUUCUCUUGAGAUGCAGGUAUAUAAGCGACGCCGCUUCUGCAAACAGGGCUUCUUUUCGUCUGAAUUUCCGUCCGUGAAGAAGUGCCUCCUAAGCUAGCCUGAAAGUUAAGAGAUCUUAGCUCUGCCAAGCGAUCUUGGCGACUAGCCCUCCGCUUCCUAGACCGUUGAUUUACGGGCUCAAAUAAAUAUUGGGCUCAACCGAGAGAUCUCGGUAGUCGGAGAAUUCAUUAUCCUUUCUCUUCUCCGUCGGCACCGACUCACAACCUGAGGUGUGGAGUUCCGCGCCUCCACCAAAAGAUCUUGGCGUGAGUCGUUGCCACCGCCGUAACAACACCGCGGUAUUAACCGCCAUACGCUCAGUGUUACCGUUCGGGACGCGUUUUCUUGCGUAUACGCGGUAAACCAGUCAUGUCUAGCCAUUUGUGAUGAUGAGUUCUUUUGGUGUCCAGCUCCGUCGAUGGCUACGUUUUGAAAUUCACUAUCAGUACUAAAAAUAUAUAGUUUACGUUACGUAAAUUAUAGAUUUGCAGUACUGACAGUGAAUUUCAGAACGCAGCCGAUGUAGGAUAUAGGCAGUAGGAAUAGGUUAGAUUAGGUAAGUGUGUUAUUUUAUUAUUAAUACUUAUUAAUUUAUUUUUAUUUUUUUAAUAUAAUUAAAAAUUAAUUCCGAAAUUGGUAAAGGAGCCAUUAAAAAAGAAAGAAUUUUAUCUCAUCUGAUUGUGACGGGGUCUAAAUGUACUUUUAUUUCUCUGAAUUUGAUACUUCACAGAAGUCACGUGUACGACCAAGUGCGAGAAAAUGUGUCCCGAACGGUAACACUGUAUACACCGCGAUCGCGUAUCGAAUCACAGUACAGCUGUACCGCGUGCGUCUAUCUUGUUGCCGGGUCGCGCGUCCAUUGUCUUAGCCACGGCCUUCGGCAAAGCCGCGCAAAUAACAGGCCGUGCAAACACGUAAACAGGGAUUUUGAGUUCGGAGAAAUUUGUCUCGGAAUUACUUGUUCUUGUAAAUAGACACGAUUUGCUUUUCGUUUCGUACCCGCGUAUUACAGGGUUGCCACAAGUCAGGGAAGUCAGGGAAAAGUCAUGGAAUUUGAAAAUGGUCAGGGAAAAGUCAGGGAUUUAACAAAAAUUUCUGGAAAAAUAAAAUGACUGUAAAGAAGUUUAAAAUACGCGUUCACAUCUGUUCAGCUCGGUGUCUUGUUUCAUUUAUAUCAGGGCGCCACAGACAGUCGAUAAAAUCAUUAUCCUUCGUUCUUUAAGACGGCUCGGCCGAUAAUUUUUUGCUUUAUAAUUUGCCGUAAUCUUUGUGGCGCUUGCACCAUUGUCUUGUGUGUGCGUGUAUGUUUUGUUUUGACUCGUUUUAUUUGGACGUGUUACCAUGCGUGUUACUCGCUGGUAAGCCUUUCGUGUGUUAGGACAUGUUGCUAAUGUUAUUUACGUUGUAAAGAUAGUGCAUUGCGUAUAUUAUAGUGUUUGGCCAUUGAGCUCUGAGCAUGUCCUUCCUGUUUUGAAGAAAGGAAAUUCACAUCAAAGAUAUUGUAAUAAUGAGUGGAUUAAAGAAAACUGUUUUUCGUGACGAGUGGACACUGAAACCCGAAUUUAUUGGGAUUCAAAAAGGCAAAGUGAAGACAGAGGCUUACUGUACUAUAUGUAAAAAGGUUCUACAAUUAAGUAAUAUGGGUAUAAUGUCUUUAAAAAGUCACGUAAAGUCGGGAACCAAACAUAACAAGCUAAUGUUGGAUGUAAAAAAAUCUGCAAACAUGCAUUUCUUUACAACAGCGAAGGUAGGCCUAUCCUCUUUGUGUCCAAGUUUUUUGAAAUUGUGUCUUGUACGUCAUUUAGUUGAUAUUUGAAGUAUUGAGUUAGGUUUUAAGAGCUGGCAGGAGCAACAAGAAUACAUUUACACCUCAUUGGCCAUGCAGAUACAAUAUCUGCACUCCAGUAUAUUGUCUUAUGAGAGAAAUAUUUUGACAUGAAACUUUGACAUGUUUUAUGAAGUCUCCGAAAGAACUAAAUUUUGCAUUUUUGCUUUUAAAAAUAUUAUAAUAAGUAAAAUGAUAUAUUUCUUACUCAUGGUGUGAAUAUAACCUUGAAAUAUUUUGUUUUGUAGAAACAAUAUUUCGCUACGAAACCUUUUCAGCAUCUUUUUUAUAAUUAAGAAGUUACGAAGUCAUGUACAAAGCCAUAUUUUGCAAUUUGAUUCUUGAAAAAUAUUUCAUUAAAACUAAUAAAAAUAAUAAGCAUAAAUCAAGUGAGAUGUGUUUGUUACAUUGUUAUAUGACGAGAAUGUUAUUUUUUGGCUUUUCAGGAUUCUUGUUCUUCUACAUUACAUGUAGAUACUGAUAACUCGGUUUUGAAGCAAAAAACGAAUGAACAGUCUGUUCCAACUCAUUCAGAGACGCAAUUCAUAUCGGGUCUUGCUGGCACUGCCUCGCACUCAGAAACGACUUCUCUUGCUAAUAGUUGCAUUGACAAAUAUUUCUUUAAAGAUGAUGUUACUAGAGUUGAAAUUUUGUGGUGUCUCCAAACUGUCGAAAAUCAUGCAUCUAUUUCAUCGGCAGGAAAACAAUCCUCUCUGUUUCCACUUAUGUUCCCAGAUAGUAGAAUAGCAUCCUCCUUGUGUCUAGCUCGUAGAAAGCUAUCAUAUGGGAUAGUUUCUGGCGCCCUAUUUUAAUAGAAAAGUUCUUGACGCUGUUUGUAACUGUGGUCCAUUUGUAGUUUCUUUUGAUGAAAGCUUAAAUAAAAUGACACAAACUCAACAAAUGGAUAUUGCUUUGAGAUUCUGGAAUAAUAAUAGUAAUCAAGUAGAAACACACUAUUUUUCUUCUGCUUUUUUUGGCUUACCACGCUCGUGCUAAGAAUUAUUAAGAACUUUUAAAGAAGAACUAAAAGAUUUGAAUUUACAAAAUUUGUUACAAGUAUCCAUGGACGGCCCCAAUGUAAAUUGGGCCUUUUUGAAAGAACUUGAAUGUGAUAUUCGAUCUACCUACGGUGAAAACAGUCCAAUUUUUAUCAAUAUGGGUUCCUGUGGAUUACACAUUGUCAAUAACAGUUACAAGGAGGCAGCUAAGUCUACUGGCUGGAAUGUGAUUGCCUUUCUCAGAUCAGCAUAUUAUGUUUUCAAGGAUAUUCCUUCUAGGAGGAGUGACUAUCUGAGGUUUAAUAAGUCACAACCAUUACCUCUCCCUGCAAAGUUUUGUUCUGUUUGCUGGUUAGAGAAUGAGAAAAUAAUUGAAACAACAAUUAAAAUAAUUCCCAAUCUAAAGAAUUUUAUUAAUGGAGUUAAAGAAGAAAAAAUUAAAAUUAUAUCUAAGAGCUUUGGAACUAUGAAAUCAUGUCUUGAGGACAAACUGUUAACUGCUAAACUUUCUUUUUUUGGUUAUGUUGCUCACCAAGUCACUCCUUUCCUGAAAGAAUAUCAAUGUGAAGCUCCUAUGUCACCAUUUUUAUAUAAUGACCUAUACGUUAUACUACAUGAUUUGAUGUCUCUUAUUGUCAAAGAGGAAGUUUUAGAUAAACAAAAGGCAAUUUAUAAUAUUGAUUUAAGAACAGAAAGUAACUUAAUUCCAUCAAAAAAUUUGAAAUUAGGUCAUGCAGUCAGAGCUGAAUUAAAAAAACUGAAAAUAAGUGACAAGGAGAUGAUGUUAUUCAAGACUGAAUGCAGAGAAUUUUUAGUCAAAAUGUGCAUACAUUUGUUGAAAAAGUCUCCUUUGCAAUAUAGUAUCUGUAAAGCAAUUUGUUUUUGUGAUCCUAUGUUAAUUUCUAGUAAUUUAAGUAUCAGUAAGAAUAGGCUUUCUAAUGCUCUAGAAUUGUUUUCCGCAAGAAACUGGAUUACUAGUCAGAUUUGUGAUAAAAUUGAGAAAGAAUUUAACGUUCUUUGCAAUAAUAAAGAAGUAAUUGAUUUAUGCAAGCAGUUUGUUAGGGAAAAUAACAGAAUUGAUCAUUUUUGGAGAAACUUGCUUCAGGGUCGAGAUAAUUUCCAGAAUUUGUAUGUCUUUUUGAAAAAGAUCUUUAUUCUGAGUCAUGGUCAAGCAUUUGUGGAAAGAGGUUUUUCAAUAAACAAGGAAUGCAUUGUUGAAAAUCAACUACCUAGAUCUCUAAUAUCUCAGAGACAAGUUUAUGAUGGUCUUAAAGCUGCUGGUGGUCUCACCAAACUUACAAUAGAUAAAAAGAUGAUUUUAUCUUACCGAAAUGCGAGGGAUAUGUAUGGUAAAGCAUUGGAAAAGCAGCGCUCUGAGAAAGAACAAGAAAAUGCAAAAAUUGCUGAAAAAAGAUCUUUGUUUACAAAAAUUUCAGAAUUGAAGGCUAAGAAGGUAAAACUUUUAACAGAUAAAACUAAUGAGCUAAGUGCUCUCGAUGAUGAAAUAGCGUUAUUAAGAUCAAAGACAUUUGAGUAAAAGUCUUGUGCAAUAUUUUUUAUAUUAACUUGUAAUGUACAUUACUAUGUAUUGAAGUUUUUGUAAAGAUUUAAAAUUUUAGUUUUUAUGUUAAAAAGCUAACGUGAACUUGUUGUGAUUAAAAAUGCUUUACCAAGAACAUCAAAAAUUUUAAGUUGUCUGUUCUUUUGUAUUAUAAGAUAGUCUUGUUAUAAGAAAGUUCUCUGUCACUUAUGAACAAGCGAAUAAAAUAAAUGAUAAUUUUAUAUUUUUGUGACUUCUUUCAAAUAUGUGAACCUUUAUAAUAGCAGAUUGGGGUUUCAAUAAACGAUUAAUAAUAGAAUUUAGUUUUGAUAAAAACAAAAAAAUAUGUAUUAUUGAAAGUCAGGGAAAAUCAUAAAAUUUUGUCUGGAAAUCAGGGAAAAGUCAGGGAAUUUUAGGAUGAAAAAUUUGUGGCAACCCUGUAUUAUUUUCCGUCUGUCCGAGCGCUGCGAUUAUUUUCUGUAUUCGUCCGUCCGCGCGUUACUUAUCUAUUCCGUUCGUCUGAGCGUUUGCGUUUACUUUCCGUCAUCCGUCCGUUUGCGCAUUAAUUGCGAAUUAUAUGUUCCGUCCGUCCGUGCGUACUUAUAGAUUAUCUGUUUGUCCGUCCGAGCAUCAUAUUCAUCUUGUCCGUCCGCGCGCCGCUUUUGCAAACAUCUAUUUGUACACUUCUCUCUUUUACAAUAAACUGCUUUAUUUGUCAUCUGUAAUAUCCGUCUAGUUCUCUCGGCCUACCCGCGUCCUCGUCCACUGAUACAACACCGUCCGUACGCGGAAGUCAGGUCGUUACAAUAUUAAUUUGUGUUUUUUUUUUGCUAAUAAAACAUAAUUUUUUCAUUUUUAAUAAUUUAUCUUCUGCUUAAUAAAAAAAUUAAUAUUAAUUAAACUUAUAAAAUUCAAGAAUUGUGCAUUAAGCAGGUAUAUUAACAAUAACUUGAAUUAAAAUAUAAAAUAUUAUGUAACUUGAUUUCCUCUGCAAUUUGAUGCAAAAAAUGUUAUUUUUAUAAAUUUCUUUUUACUCAAGCGCUUCCCAUGUGAUUUUUAUAGAAAUUUAUCAGUCUAGAUGGGUAUAUAAUUGUUCCUCUUCAUCUUUCCUGACCACUUUUCUUAGUGCACAAAUAUUAAAUGAUUUCAGUUCAAAUUGGGGCAGGUCCAUAAAUAGUCACAGUAAAAUCUUAGUGCUGAAUGAAUGUUUCUUGUAUGAUUAAAAAAAUUUUCAAUUUUCCGAAUUUUUUUUUUGUUACUUUCUGUUUCAAGCAUAACUUUUAGGCCCGGUUUUUUAUUAUCUAGUUAACUUAUGGUUAAACUUAACUUGAAGUUUUAGCCAAUGAGCUUCACUCAUGGCAUCAUCACGGAUGAAACCCACUAAGUAAAACAUGAGGUAAAAUUUUAACCAUCAGUUAAUCAGAUAAUGAAAAACCGAGCCUUAAAUUUUCUAGCCGAGAAUUCUAUGUUAACGAUAGAGAUAUAUGUAUCAUCGCGGAAAAAA